AAGUUUUGUUUUCAUAUUUAUUUCAGAUUUUUCAAUAGUAUAUUCUGUGAAAAUAUUCGUAAAGUUUUUGCCGGCAUAAUGGAUGCCGCCAAUUUAUUGAGUGUAGACGUAGACACUUUGUUCGAGCACCACAGUGUUCCAGAAAUCGAUAUCGUUCAUAAAAAAAUCCAGUCGGUUGUCGAAAACAAACGGGAGGAGCUACGCUUAAUGGUCGGCGAACGAUAUCGUGAUUUACUACAGGCUGCAGAUACUAUUGUGGCUAUGAAAGAUACAUCACAGAGACUCAUAGAGCAAGUGGACUCAAUUACCAUGAAUUGCCAUAAUCUUAACGAUCAGCAGUUAUUGGGAUUUAAGAUUAGCGAACCAGAAGAUUUACUACGCAAUCGCAUUGCUAAUAAGCAACUAAAUAACUACUUUAGUACGAUGCUACAGAUCAAACUUUUGACGACUUUACCUGAAUUAAUUUGGACUCAUAUUGAUAAUGACCGAUUUUAUAGCGCCAGUGAAUUGUUUAUUUUCAGUAGACAUGUCAGUACUGGCUUACAGUUAGAUGCGAGUAAUAUGUUAAUGCAACAUCUACCUGUUGCAAAAAAACAAUGGGAAAUUUUAAAGCCCUUCAAUAUGACGAUAAAAAUGCAUGUACUGGCAACCUUAGAGAAGGAAGAUUUGAAUGUCAAUGUGGCUACAGAUUGUUUGCUUAGUUUGUUGAUACUGGAAAAGAAUUCAUUGAAUAGUGUUUUGAAAACGUUUCUAAAUUUACGGUGCAAAACUUUCUUAAAUUGCUUAAGCAAUGAUAAAAAACGGUCUAUUGAAGAGCGGGGACGAGUACAAAAUAUAAUAUUAGCGAGCUUACGCAUAUUAAACAACACAAUUGAUCUUAUAGAAAAAUGCUUUUUAGAAAAUGGUUUACUACUGCAAAAGCUACAUGAGCACAACGACGUAAAUGCAUCGCCAAUAAUAACAUUAGUUGAGCAAGUUAAUAUAGUUCAUUCAUAUUUGCUGCCGGAGAUCAUUUCGAAUUUCCGUGUUACAAUCGAAACACAGCCUCUUGAUGAUGUACAAGUGCGCGAAUCCCUUGAACAAUGGAUCAUUGAUAUCAGACGCAUUGCGGCUACGCAACUCAAGCAACUUUUUGAUUACGUUUCGGCAAUGAGUACAAUCAAAGAAAUAAAAACAGAAGCUAACUCUUACAAAAAUUAUUUCAAAUUUGAUCAAGUUAUCAAAAGGAUUCAACUCACGCAAACACUGGAUUUUUUCGAACAGAAAUAUAUACCACUCAUUAAUCAGCGAAUUCACGACAUUAUCCACGAUAAUUGGGCAAAAGCAAUACAUACAACAUUUGAAUCAUUGGAACAAUCAUUAACAGAUAUCAACACGAGUGCAAUGGAUAUUUGGUCUGAAAAUAUUAUUGAUCUUCCAUCAAGUUUGGAAGUAGCUUUAAGUGAUGAUAAUAAAAUGAAAAAGUUGCUAAUGAAAACAAAAGGAUACGACAGCGACAUAAUAACAAUCUGCGCUGAAUUCGAUGAACAACUGAAAAGUAUCAUAUCGGAAAUGAACGUUCUUCUUGAAGAGCAAGCAACACGUGCAGAAGAUAAGCUUUCAUUGAUUGUUUUUUUGAGAGAGACUUCUGAAGCACAACUAACACAUUUUCUAAGUCGCGUUAAAAGCCUUCACUUAGUUCCGACGCAGCGUAGUGAACUUUUAUUUGUAGCACGUUGCUUUGCAGCUCUCCUUGAACUCUGUCCCAAUUUGAAAGUGUGCUUUUGUCAAAGAGGAAAUUGGCGUCAGUGGGUGGGAAAUGUUACCGCAAAUAGUAUUGAACAUUGGAAUAGAGUGUGUAUGUUAAUUGAAGAAGAAACAUUAAAUUUUUGGCAACAAAUUGUUAAAGGAAUUUUAGAAGAGAGCAAUUGCGAAAAUAAGCUUCCAAGUUCUAUUACAAAUGAAAACAUUCUGGAAGAAUUUGCUAACUGGGAAACUGUUGAAAUUGAGCAAAAAGAUGAGUCAGAUUCCACCAUACAUUCUACCUUUCGCAUUCCCAACCAACCACGUAUUUCACUGCAAUCGUAUCUUUUUACAUUAGUACACACAUUAAAUUCGAAUGUACCACAAACUUUACCUACGAAAGUACUUCAUUACUCCAACCUAAAUAUGUUGUCACAAAUCCUGCAGCAGUAUCAAAGAAUCCUAACCGAUAAUAUAACAAGCAACCAAAAUAUCGCAUUACAACUGUAUUUCGAUUUAAAAUUUUUGCAAACUAUAUUUGCCGUUACCAGAGAUGACAAACAAUUGCAUGAUCAAUUCGCAGCUUUGCAAAGCACAUGCAAGAACUUCAUUGAUCCAUUUGAUUUCGAAUUAUUUGCUGAACCUAUAACAACUAAUGUCAAAAGAUCGAUAGCUCGGUUCCAUUGUCAGUUUGGAGUGUUGACCCCAUCUUUCCCAGCACACAUGGCACCUAAAGCAUCUGCGAUUUUGAUACAUGAGAAAGAUCCCAAUGUUUUGUGUUUAAGUUCAAUUGGCUCAUCAUCUGCAUGGUUUCCGCUGCUACCGAUUGUAACUCCAGCAUCCGUCGAAUAUUCGGGGCGUAAAAACACUAUUGUGAACAAUGAAAAGCUAAAACCGUGUAAGCUAAAUCUAUUUUGGGACCGAUAAGUAUAUUUCUUAAUUUAACUUGUUGUUAGCUUUGUUUACUGCAAUUAAAAUCUACAAUUGCAUAAAAUUUAAUGCAAUAAGGCAUCAAAACGAAAUUGAAAAUACUGAUUGUAUUUUAUUAAAAAAAUUUACUACCAAAAUCCCUAAAUGUUCUGAUUGGCUACGUUUGCACCCAAUUGGCAUAAUAUCAUAUUUUGCCACUGAACUAAUGUCAAUACUUAUUUGUUGGAGUUUCAUUUUGCUUGAAUUAGUUUUGCGAGUUUAAAUGCUUGAUACCUUAACCUUAUCCGUUAUAAUGUUCGAUAUAAACUAUGCAAGUACUAAAUUUGACUUAACCACUUCUUCAUGCUUAUGUCUUGUUCUUCUUGAAUUUCUCCCCUUUCAGCCUGCUUCAGCAACAGCACAUAAAGCGAGUUCGUCAACUGCAACUGUGACGAAUGCAGGAGGGAAAGUUAAGUUCGAUUCCAAAACUAAAUCAGGAGCUGCCUCUUUCUUUGGGGCAAUGUCACAAGAUUGGUUUCGUUAGUUAAGAGAGCUGUGCUAGCAACUCGGACAACUUUUACGCUUUCAAGCACAUUUCUUAUUUAAAACAAUAGAACAUUAUGAAUGAAUUUAAUUAUAAUUUAUUAUAAAAAAAAUCAACAAGCUUAGCAUAAGAUCUUGUAUUUAUUUUAAGUAAACGUCUCUUGAAUUUUAGAGUGUAAUUAAGCUAUAAUUUCAUUUAUUCAUUUUACACAACUCUUGAUUAAUCGAUAUCACGCUGAGUUAUGAGAAAAACUGCUCGAAACGCGUACAUAUCCACGAAUUUGGCAUUUUUUUUAAUGGCAGUUGAAAUAAAGUUUAGACUAUAUUAUGUAACUGGAUACUGGUUAGAUGAAGGUUAAAUAUUCAGUCGCAGUGAUUUAGAGGACGCUAUAAUUUUCAGAACGUUAAAAAUUUUAGAGCCAGAAAAAUAUACUAAAAUUUUAUUUUAAAAGUUUGUUCUAAGUUUUUAUGGGAAUCUAUAGAAAAUUUACUAUAAAAUACUAUAAUACAAUACAA